AUGCAAAGGACAAAAUAUAAUGAUUUCAAACCUUGUUUUCUGCCCCUUGCCAGAGGUGAGUGCGUCUCCGAAGGUGGGAUUUCCUGGACAAUUGAAGCUCCCAUCUAUUUUUGCUACAAGGUGGUAGAAACAUACAAUAUUCUGGAUCCCUCUAACACUACUCUGCUCUGGGGUCACAUCACUGACCCCCAGCAACUGGAGCUUGCCACCACCAGCAAGAGGAAACCGAGGCGCUUUGUCGUCAUAGACGAAGUCGUUGACAAACUUUACGGCUCCAAAGUCAGAGAAUACUUCGAAGAGAACAACGUUCAGCACAAAAUACUCGCCCUGCCCACCACCGAAGAAACAAAAUCCAUGGACCUGGUCUUGAACAUCCUGCAAGAAGUCCAAGACUUCAGCAUCGACAGGCGAACCGAGCCCAUCAUCGCCAUCGGAGGGGGCGUCUGCCUGGACAUCGUGGGACUCGCCGCGUCGCUCUACCGGAGACGCACCCCCUACAUUCGGGUCCCAACAACCCUCCUCUCCUACGUUGAUGCCAGUGUGGGGGCGAAGACCGGGGUGAAUUUCCUGCAGUGUAAGAACAAGCUCGGGGGCUACACCCCCCCGGUAGCCAGUUUCCUGGAUAGAUCCUUCAUCCAGAGCAUUCCCCGGCGGCACAUUUCCAACGGCCUCGGGGAAAUCUUAAAGAUGGCCCUUAUGAAACACAAAGGGCUGUUUGACCUGCUCAAGAGCCAUGGAAAAUACCUUCUGGACACCAAGUUCCAGUCCUGCAGUGGCUUUGCUGACCACGGGGAUGCUGCACUGCAGACCACCAGGAUUGCCAUUGAAACCAUGCUGGAGGAACUGGCUCCUAACCUCUGGGAGGAUGACCUGGACCGACUGGUUGAUUUUGGUCACGUUAUAAGCCCAGAGCUGGAAAUGAGGGUUUUGCCGUCGCUGAUGCACGGGGAGGCUGUGAACGUCGACAUGGCAUUCAUGACGUACGUGGCCCACGCGCGGGGGCUCAUCGCCGCCGAGGAGAGGGAGCAGAUCCUCCAGUGCAUGAGGGGCCUGGAGCUGCCGGUCUGGCACAGCGGCUGCAGCUGGGCCCUCAUCAAGACAGCCCUGAGGGAGCGCCUGAAGCACAGCGGGGGACAGCCCCGGAUGCCUCUGCCCACCGGCCUCGGCGUAGCAGAGAUAUUCAAUGACACCAGUGAAGAGACCCUGGAGAAAGCAUACAAGCUGUGGGUCAGGGACUGCAGGACGGUGCUGGAGGAAGAGCCGGCUGCUCUCUGAUUGCUGCGAGCCCAAGUUGAUGUCCUGCCCCACACCUGUUUGCCCACACCUGUUUGCCGCUGUAAAUUAGUGAGCAGAACUGAAUUUUAAACAACAUAAACAGAGAAGCACCUGUGAAACUGCAUACACCCCAAAGCAUGGAACAAGAAGAAUCUUGGCAUCUAACUCCAUUUACCUUUUUUAAUUGCUUUGUCUGAAAGGGAAUCUAUCGAUGCUCCAGAAGUGAUCACUCACAAGUGAAACCACCAAGUACCUGUAGUGUAGUUCAUAGCAAGCUGUCUCCUCUUGGGGAAUGUGAGCAGGAUUAUUCAUUCACUUGGUUAAUCCAAGUUGGGGGCUGCCAAGGCCCUUCCCAGUGGUAUCCCACCAUUGCUUGUGCUUGGACCCCUGACAGGGGUAGUUGUAGGUGUAGCUGACUCACAGCCAUGGCAUGGGUACAGCUGACUCACAGACCAUGGCAUGGCACCAUGCACAAUCUCCAUGCUCUGCAAAAUUAUCUCCUUCAUAGAAAAUACAGAUCAUAUUAUCUC